AUGGCGGGUGUAGAAACUAGCCGUGGUCAGUUAAAAGAUACAAGGAGGGCUUUAUUUCGGACCCCAAAUCAAGAUGACAAUAGUAAGGCACCAGGUGAAGAGAUUUCAUGUUUCCUCUCAGUGCAGGUUUAAAUUCUCCGCAUUUUCUCGUUUCAAAAUUUUUGCCCAACUCUAAUCUCUGAUUAUAAUACUUUGCCACAAUUUACAGAAGCGUUGGAGGCCUUACUAAACAGAAUUCAAGUAGAUAUUGAAGUGGACUCUAACCUUCAAGGUCUUAGAAAAGGUAGUCUGGAAAUCCUCAAUAAUUUCAUCUCUCAGAAUUGUUCAUUAUAGAGCAUGAAUCAAAAUCAGUCAAUCAAUCGACCAGGUAGAGGGAAUUACAUGUUUAACAAGUCAAGAUAUUUCUAAUUAGCUUUAGAUGAGUGAUGCCGAGCUGUUUGUUCAUAACUGUGAUGCAUGUACCUCUCUCACUUUUUGGUGAUGUCGCUAAUUGUGACCUACUCGUUGAGCAUAAUGCACCCCUCCCCACACAACCUCCAACCAUAGCGAACAAUUAGUACACUGUACCUAAUACAGAUUCGACAGGGAUAACGUACAAGUUGCGAUUGGUUACACUUUGUUCUCAGCUUGCUCUGUAAUUGCCAAUCAUGAGCGACUAAUUUUUUCUUGUGAGUGUACUUCAAGAAGGGAUCAGAUCUUGCAUUUUCACCCAACCUUGUACAGAUUUAAGACCCUUUUUUACAAUUUUUUCAUUUCAUUUCAGAGAUCCAUGAACAGACCCUUAGUAAGUUGAGACAGGAACUGACUCAGAUUGGUCAAGAUGAAUGGAUGUACAAACCCAUUGAUCAGAUUAUUGGAUUUUGAGUUGUUGUUUACAUUGCACAAUUAGUUGCAAUAAGGUCUUCAGAAUGAGUCUAAGGCAUUGAUGAUUGAUAGACAUUUCAAGUCAGAGGUAAUUCACAAGACAACGUGGGGCAGGGUAUGGCAAUGUUGGCCAAACAAGAGACAGUCUCCUUUGGGCUGAUAUGAUGAUGCUGUGUUGCUUCAGUUAUUUCCACCAUGACUGUACCUGAGAGAGAAUUUAUAAAUAUAUGUUCAGUGCAAUGAGUUUGAGAUGGGUGAAUGAGUGAGACACUGAACCCUUUAACUCUCAUGAGUGACCAAGGCAGAAAUUCUCCUUACAAUAUCAAUACAAUAUCAAGCAGAGAAGUGACGAGAAUAAAGAAAAAUAUAAAUUAGGGGAUAAGUUGAUCCAAUACCAAAUUCUCCAAACAAACAUCAUGAGAACUGUAUGGCAGACAGUAAGGAGAAAUACUGAUGAGAUCUUGGGAGUGAAAGGGUUAAGGCCCUAAAACCACCAUCCAUAUUCUGUACACUCUCAUUUGUACUAACAAGAAGAAUUUGCUUGACAACCAAAGCUUUUUAAGUUGGUGAUCAUUUCCUUUAUUCUUAUGAUCUUAGCAAAUUAUUCAGCAGUAUUACUCUUAGGAGAAAUAACAUUCUGAUCACUCCCAGGGUCAAAAGGGUUAAAAUCAAGGCUUGCUUUCAUGUUUCAUUUUGAAUUUAUUUAUUGUUACAUUUGUUUCUGUUUUUUGGGCUUUCAAAAAUCAUAAAUAUUUGGAAACUUUUGAAAAUAAUAACUUUUGGUCAGACAAGUCUAUGGUAGCUAGAAAAGGAAACACCAAUUUUUUGAAUCAUUCUUUUAUCAUCAAACAUGUAAAAGGAUAAAAUAAAAAUUAAUAUCUGAGUAGAAGCUUCUUGUUGCAGCUGUAUUAUAUUCUUCCACUUUUCUCAUAGGCUUAUCAUGUUAAGUUAGUUUUGAUCCAAUUUUCAAAAGUCAAAAUGUGCAUAGUUAUUGCUUAUCAGUCUGAUAAAUAAAAAAGAAAGGGAAGGACAAAACCUGAAAAGACAACUGAAAUAUCCUUGAUUUAAUUAACCUUAUUUCAUAAAUUAAUUCGUUGCAAUGAUAAUUGUGAAGAAAGAUGAGGUAACCAGUGAUCAUGACUUGCACUGCAAUGCAUUUAAUGAAGUUUUACUCAUUAAAGUUCAUUAAAUUAAUGCAAUAAAUAAACUGAAGAAUAAUUAAGUUACAACAAACAAAGCUUAUAAAUAUUGAUUCUAUGUUGAUUGUUGUUUUAAUUAGUUCAUUUUUACACAAA